UCCUCCAACUGCAAGUGCAAGUACAAGCGCCACUCUUGCAUUUGAAAAUAUCCCAAGCAAAGUUUAGUGCUCCACACAAUAAAAAUAACUUCAAAGAUGACAAAACAGGCUCUCUUCUCCCUGUCAAUUUUACUUGUAUUUCUCUUCCAUUGCAUCACAACUUUAGGCCAGCCCGUCGCAGCUCCAGUCCAGCCUGCCACUCCACCAGUAGUUCAGCCUGCCAAGGCGCCAGCCCCAGUCCAGUCUGCCAAGGUCCCACCUACGAAGAAAGGUGUCCCGGAUGUCUCCAAAAUCCUUGGAAAGGCUGGUGGGUUCACAGUCUUUAUCCGCCUCUUAAAAAGUACCGGAGUGUCUGACCAAUUAUAUGGCCAGCUCAACAAUUCAAAGAAUGGGUUUACCAUCUUUGCUCCUACUGAUGCUGCAUUUUCCAGCCUCAAAGCGGGCACUAUAAACUCUUUGUCCGACCUACAAAAGACCCAACUAGUACAAUUUCACAUAUUAAACACAGUGGUUACUCUGUCAAAUUUCCAAACUCUGAGCAAUCCAGUGCCCACAGAAGCCGGAGAUGCUGGUGAGUUCCCACUAACCGUGACCACUGCUGGCAAUCAAGUGAACAUCUCUAGUGUUCUUGUUAACACCACGUUGGGUGGAACUGUGUAUUCGGAUAACCAGCUUGAUAUUUAUCAAGUGGAUCAAGUGCUUCUUCCUCUUGACAUUUUUAAUCCUAAGCCUAAGCAUAAGGCACCAGCCUCGGCACCAACAUUGUCAAAGCCUAAGUCUUUGGACAAUGGUGCAGAUGUAGAUGCAGAUGCAGACACUCCUUCUGUUGCUGCAAAAGUGGAUGAGUCUGGAGCACUAAGUCUCAAGAGGCAUGGAAAUGGAAUAUUGAUGUCCAUUGGAACUACUCUGGUUGCAUUCAUUGUCACGAAGGGACUUUGAUGGUGUAAAUGUAUUUGCUUGAAAUUCUUAGGUGGGUUCCAACUGUUUCGUGCCGUAUGAUUUUGCUGAGUUGGGGUGAACGGUCGUAAUCUACACCGAGUACUUUCAAAUAUUUGCCGUCUUUCCCUAUCCAAUAUCUAUAAUGCCAGUUUGUGAUGAGAACUUUGUU